GUUUCUUCUUGGGGAGGACUGAAGAAGAAGCAGAGGAACUGGUGGAGAACAUGGCUAAGAGCGACUCAGUCUAUAGCGAGGAGCAUGAUAGGGUCAACAGAAAUGAUGAUCACCAGACAAAGAAAGAGAUCAAGUCCUUGCAGGAGAAGAUGGACUUGCUUCUUUCUAACCAAGCUAAACAAGAGCAGGUCAACUUUGUGGGUGGUCCUAUUCAAGAGAUUCCUCCCAAGAUUAAUGAGGUUGAUGGUUUGGAAGGACAAGAGGAGCUGUGCUUCAUCAAUAACAAUGGUUUUUGGUACAGGAAGGAGCCUAACUUUCAGUACAACAACUACCAGCAAAAGUCCUACUCAAACAACCAGCAAGGAGGAUACCAGCAGAGGAAAAACACUCAGCAAGGGAGCUAUCAACUUAGGCAAAACACCCCUCCUGGUUUCAACAAUAACAACAAUCAGUCAACUCAAGCUCAAGGAAGUUCUUCACAAGCUCCAGCUUCAGAUACAAGUGUGGAUGCAAUGUUCAAGAAACUUUUGGAUUUUCAGGCCAAGAAUGAGAAGACAAUGGGUUAUGAGUUCACAAAAAUUCACUCCAAGAUUGAUGGAAGCUACAAUGAGCUCAACAACAAGAUCCGACAUUUGGAGAAUCAGUUUGCUUCAAUGAACUCUCAGCCAAGUCGCCAACAAGGGGCAUUACCUGGAAAGCCAGAGCAAAAUCCCAAGGAAACAAUGAAAGCCAUCACCCUUAGGAGUGGAAAACAGCUACCACCAAGAACUCUCAUUAGGGAUAAUGAGAAGCAAGAUGGGGAGGUGGUCAUCAAUGUGGAUGAUGAUGUGGUUAUUAUGGAUGAGAAAACCAAUGAGGAGAUCUUGGAGAAAAUAGUUGAAGCAAAAGGAAAGGGUAAAAUUGGAGAAGAAAAGAAGGGGGAGAACAAGAAUGAAGCUGCAACUUCAUCAAAAGGAGCUCUAUUCAAUCCUCCUCCCUAUGAACCAAAACUUCCUUUUCCCGGUAGAUUCAAGAGACAGCUUUUGGAGCAAUACAAGGCCUUAUUUGAGAAGCAAAUGAGCGAAGUUCAAAUUACUAUGCCCAUAAUUGAUGCCUUCAUGCUAGUGCCUCAAUACAGCAAGUUCCUCAAGGAUGCUGUAACUAAGAAGAAGAAGGAGAUGGAAGGCAUGGUGGUUCUUACUCAUGAGUGUAGUGCUAUUAUCCAAAGGCUAACCAUCCCUAAGAAGCUUGAAGAUCCAGGAAGCUUCACUCUACCUUGUGCCAUUGGGCAAUUUGCUUUUGAGAGGUGUCUAUGCGAUUUGGGAGCAAGUGUGAGCCUUAUGCCUCUCUCCAUUGCUAAAAGGCUUGGCUUUACACAAUACAAGAAGUGUAGACUCUCUCUUGUGCUAGCUGAUCGCUCAGUAAAGAUUCCCAUUGGUAUCCUAGAAGAUCUCCCUGUUAUGGUUGGAAAUUGUGAGAUUCCUACAGACUUUGUGGUGUUGGACAUGGAUGAAGAACCAACGGAUCCUUUGAUAUUGGGGAGACCUUUCUUGGCUACAGCAGGAGCAGUUGUGAAUGUUAAGGAAGGGAAGAUUGAUCUUCACCUUGGAAAGGGAAACAUUCUUCACUUUGACAUCAAGGAAGUGAUGAAGAAGCCUAUUACUCAAAGCCAAGCAUUCUACAUUGAGGAGAUGGAGGUUUUAGCUGAUGAGCUUCUAGAGGAGUUGGCACUUGAAGACUCUCUACAACAUGCCUUAACAAUUGAGAGAGAGGUCCAAAUGAUUGAGAACAAGGAAAGUGAUGCCUAUGUGAAGAUGCUGGACUCUCACAAAGAGAUUAGUGAUGAAGAACAGAAUGAGGAGUUUUCAUAUGAGGAUCACCAUGCUUUCUCAGCUACUCAACAAGAGAAUCUCCAAGAGGAUGAUUGGAGUGAACUCAAAGCACCAAAAGUGGAGCUUAAACCUCUUCCCCAUGGUGUAAGGUAUGCUUUCCUUGGCCCUAAUGAAACUUACCCUGUCAUAGUGAGUAGUGAGCUUAGUGAAGAUGAAUUGUCUAAACUUUUGAAUGAACUUAGAAAGUAUAGAAAGACAAUAGGCUACUCACUAGAUGAUAUUAAAGGGCUAUCACCUUCUUUAUGCAUGCAUUGGAUACAUCUAGAGGAUGAAUCUAUGACUUCUAUAGAACAUCAAAGAAGGUUGAACCCCAACUUGAAGGAUGUUGUAAAGAAAGAGAUUCUAAAACUCUUAGAUGCAGGAGUCAUCUAUCCUAUUUCGGAUAGCAAAUGGGUGUCUCCUGUGCAUGUUGUUCCAAAGAAAGGAGGAAUGACUGUGGUUAAAAAUGAUAAGGAUGAACUAAUACCAACAAGAACAAUAACAGGACAUAGGAUGUGCAUAGAUUAUCGAAAACUUAACAAAGCAUCUAGAAAGGAUCAUUUUCCAUUACCAUUCAUUGAUCAAAUGCUUGAGAGACUUGCAAAUCAUCCCUAUUAUUGUUUUCUUGAUGGGUAUUCAGGGUUCUUCCAAAUCCCCAUACAUCCAAAUGAUCAAGAGAAAACGACUUUCACAUGCCCCUAUGGUACCUUUGCUUAUCGAAGGAUGCCAUUUGGGCUAUGUAAUGCUCCAGCCACUUUCCAAAGAUGCAUGAUGUCUAUUUUCUCUGAUCUUAUAGAGGAUGUUGUGGAGGUGUUUAUGGAUGAUUUCUCUGUCUACGGAUCUUCGUUUUCUGCUUGUUUGUCAAAUCUUAGCAGGGUCCUCAAGAGAUGUGAAGAGACCAACCUUGUGCUGAACUGGGAAAAGUGUCACUUCAUGGUAAAGGAAGGGAUUGUGCUUGGACACAAGAUUUCAGAGAGGGGGAUUGAGGUAGACAAGGCCAAGAUUGAAGUAAUGGUUGGGUUAGCUGCACCAAAGACAGUUAAGGAUAUUAGAAGUUUCCUUGGUCAUGCUGGAUUCUAUAGAAGAUUCAUCCAAGACUUCUCGAUGAUAGCAAGGCCAAUGACUAAGCUUCUAUGCAAGGAGGCUGCAUUCGUCUUUGAUUGGGAAUGUCUACAAGCUUUCAAGAUGUUGAAGGAGAAGCUGGUUAGUGCCCCCAUCGUGCAGCCACCAGAUUGGGAUCUCCCCUUUGAGAUAAUGUGUGAUGCUAGUGACUAUGCUGUGGGAGCUGUUCUUGGUCAAAAGAAGGACAAGAAGACUCAUGUGAUCUACUAUGCAAGUAAAACUCUUGAUGAAGCCCAAAUGAAGUAUGCUACAACUGAGAAGGAGUUGCUAGCCAUUGUCUAUGCCUUUGAGAAGUUCAGAAGCUACUUAGUUGGGUCAAAGGUCAUAGUCUACACUGAUCAUGCUGCAUUGAGACACCUCAUGGCCAAGAAGGAUGCUAAGCCAAGGCUGUUGAGGUGGAUCUUGCUGCUACAAGAGUUUGACCUUGAGAUUAGAGACAAGCCAGGAGUUGAGAAUGGUGUAGCUGAUCACUUGUCUAGACUGAAGAUUGAGAGUGGGAUCCCUAUUGAUGAAGGGCUUCCAGAAGAGCAAAUCAUGGCGAUUGGAGCAGUGGUAGCAGUUUGUGAAACUGGAAAGAAGCUUGAAGAGGUGAAGGCAACUAAAGAGAAGGGGCCUUGGUAUGCUGAUUUGGUGAACUACUUAGCCUGUGGAAGAGAGCCACUCGAUCUUGAAGGAUAUGCCAAGAAGAAGUUCUACAAAGAUGUGAAGAGAUACUAUUGGGAUGAACCUUACCUCUACAUCCUUUGUAGAGAUCAACUCUAUAGAAGAGCAGUAGCUGAUGAAGAAGUUGAAGGGAUCCUCACACACUGUCAUGGAUCAUCUUAUGGAGGGCACUUUGCCACUUUCAAGACUGUCUCAAAGGUGUUACAAGCUGGGUUUUGGUGGCCUCAUAUGUUCAAAGACACUCAAGACUUUGUCUCUAGGUGUGAUUCAUGCCAAAGGAGAGGAAACAUCACCAAAAGAAAUGAGAUGCCUCAAAACCCAAUUCUAGAAGUAGAGGUGUUUGAUGUGUGGGGUAUUGACUUCAUGGGACCAUUCCCAUCAUCUUUUGGAAACAAAUACAUCCUUGUAGCUGUUGACUAUGUCUCCAAGUGGGUAGAAGCUGUGGCAAGUCCCACCAAUGAUUCUAGAGUGGUGAUAAAGAUGUUCAAAAGCACUAUCUUUCCAAGGUUUGGAGUUCCAAGAGCUGUCAUCAGUGAUGGAGGUUCUCACUUCAUCAACAAACUGUUUGAAAGUCUUCUCAAGAAGAAUGGUGUGAAGCAUAAGGUUGCAACUCCCUACCAUCCUCAGACAAGUGGUCAAGUUGAGAUCUCCAACAGAGAAAUCAAGUCUAUUUUGGAGAAAACAGUGGGGACUACAAGGAAAGAUUGGUCCAUCAAGUUAGAUGAUGCACUAUGGGCUUAUAGGACUGCUUACAAGACUCCUUUGGGAACCACACCUUUCAACCUUGUGUAUGGGAAGGCUUGUCAUCUACCGGUUGAACUUGAGUACAAAGCAUUGUGGGCUGUGAAGUUGCUGAACUUUGACAUCAAGAGUGCCAAGGAGAAGAGACUUCUCCAACUUAAUGAACUGGAAGAGAUCCGACUUGAUGCUUUUGAGAACUCAAGGAUUUACAAGGAGAAAACCAAAGCUUUUCAUGACAAGAAGAUCUUGAAGAGAGAAUUCAGUGCUGGAGAUCAAGUGCUUCUCUACAACUCUAGACUGAAGUUGUUCCCCGGGAAGCUCAAGUCAAGAUGGUCCGGUCCUUUCAAGAUCAAAGAAGUUAAGCCAUAUGGAGCAAUUGUGUUAUGGAACAAGGAUGGUGGAGACUUUACAGUCAAUGGACAGAGGGUUAAGCUCUACAUGGGAGCCACAACAGAAGAGGAAAGAACUUCGGUUCCACUCUUCGACCCCAUUCCCGCCUAGCUAAAAAGAAAGGAAGUCAAGUUAGAGACUUAAAACAAGCUCAC